GAAAGCACAUAAAUUGCAUGGACAAAAUUGCUUGGAUUUCAAGCCAAAGCUAAUUUGUCAAAGAAGUUUUGCAGCAUCUUGACCCUGCCAUGGAGAGCACAAGACUUUGAUAUCUAAGGGAGGAAUGGAAAAGGUGCUGGUAGUGGGUGGAACAAUGGGGAGAGAGAGUGUGAAGCCCAAAACCAAGAUUGUGUGCACUUUGGGACCAUCAAGUAGGUCAGUGGAGAUGCUAGAGAAGCUUCUCAAGGCAGGGAUGAACGUGGCUCGCUUCAACUUCUCUCAUGGUUCUCACUCUUACCACCAAGAGACCCUUGAUAAUCUCAGAACUGCAAUGAGCAACACUGGCAUUCUAUGUGCUGUCAUGUUGGAUACCAAGGGUCCAGAGAUCCGAACUGGGUUCUUGAAAGAAGGAAAGCCCAUACAAAUCCAUAGAGGUCAAGAGAUCACAGUCACAACUGAUUACAGCAUAAAGGGUGAUGAGAGCAUGAUCAGUAUGAGCUACAAGAAGUUGGCACACCAUUUGAGUCCAGGGAGCAAUGUUCUGUGUGCUGAUGGGACAAUCAGUUUUACUGUCAUGGAAUGUGACAAGGAGAAUGGCUUGGUUCGAUGUCGGUGCGAAAAUUCUGCAGUUCUGGGGGAGAGGAAGAAUGUUAACCUUCCUGGAGUGAUUGUUGAUCUUCCAACCUUGACAGAGAAGGACAAGGAGGACAUUCUGCAGUGGGGGGUUCCUAACAAGAUUGACAUCAUUGCUCUCUCUUUUGUUAGAAAAGGUUCAGACCUGGUGGAGGUCAGGAAUCUACUUGGAAAGCAUGCAAAAAGCAUACUUCUCAUGUCCAAGGUUGAAAAUCAAGAGGGCAUUGCCAAUUUUGAUGAAAUACUGGCAAAUUCAGAUGCAUUCAUGGUGGCAAGAGGUGACCUGGGAAUGGAAAUUCCGAUUGAGAAGAUCUUUCUUGCUCAGAAAGUUAUGAUACACAAGUCAAACAUACAAGGCAAGCCUGUGGUGACAGCCACCCAGAUGUUAGAGUCCAUGAUCAAAUCUCCUCGGCCGACGCGAGCCGAGGCCACCGAUGUUGCCAAUGCAGUUCUUGAUGGCACAGACUGUGUUAUGCUUAGUGGGGAAACUGCUGCAGGAGCCUAUCCAGACAUUGCUGUCCAAACCAUGGCUAGAAUUUGUUCCGAGGCAGAGAGUUUCAUAGACUAUGGUGAUCUAUUCAAGAGAAUAAUGGAAACAUCUCCAACUCCAAUGAGUCCUUUGGAGAGCAUGGCUUCAGCUGCAGUUAGGACUGCAAAUUGUAUCAAUGCUGCUCUCAUCCUAGUGCUAACUAGAGGUGGAACCACUUCAAAACUUGUGGCAAAGUAUAGACCCAGCAUGCCUAUUCUGUCUGUGGUAGUUCCUGAGAUAACAACAGAUUCCUUUCAAUGGUUCUGCAGUGAGGAAACCCCAGCAAGGCAUAGCCUUAUCUACAGAGGUCUAAUACCUGUUUUGGGCACAGGUUCUUGUGGAGCUUCACAGAGUGAGUCAACAGAAGAAACCAUAGAGUUUGCUCUUGCAUAUGCAAAGAAAACUGAGCUUUGCAAGCUUGGAGACUCUGUUGUAGCACUGCACCGAGUUGAGUCUGCUACUGUGAUCAAGAUAUUGGAUGUUAACUGAAGACACGAGAAUAUUAGGACUAAUCCCUUGUUUUGUGUUUUGCACGUUUUAGUUUUAGGUUUGUUUUUACUCUCUUACUAGUUCAAGUUUUCAUAUAACAGCUUUUGCUCUCUUUAUGAUUUAAUUGAA